CCCCGCUGAAGCCUGUACCCCCAAACUUCCGGUCACGAGAGCGGCGACGGGAAGUGACGUCAGGACGUGCGCCGCUCGAGAUGUUGUCCCUGGUCAGAUGCAGGAGUUCUCUUCUGUCUGCCUUCAUCAGACGUCAAGGACCAAGGUUCCUGACAACAGGUGACACGGGAGGACGCGAUUCAGAGAUCCAACUGCCGGUUUGGAAGGAACGCACUGGAGAAACAACCGAGAUUAAAAGAGCAAGACUUUUAUAUGAGAGUCGUAAGAGAGGCAUGCUGGAGAACUGUAUUCUGCUCAGUCUUUUUGCCAAAAAGUAUCUGGGCACCAUGACAGACACUCAGCUGUCACAAUACGAUCGGAUAAUUAAUGAGCCUAGCAAUGACUGGGAUAUAUACUACUGGGUCACAGGAGCUCAAGAAACCCCCGAGGAGUUCAACAAUGAGAUCAUGCAUCUGCUUCAGGAAUAUGCCAAGAAUCGGGAAAUGGAGCAACGUCUCAGGCAGCCAGACCUGGAUUAUCUCUUCAAAGAGUCUCAGUGACUUACACUAAAUUCUGUAUCAGUUCUCACUGAACUGGCUGUCCCUAUAAAGGACUGUCAUCUGAUACAAGCUCCUGUUGGUCAUACAUGAACAGACCUUUCAGCAGUUACAGCGCACAGUCUGAGUGUUCCAUGCAGCUGCACAGUUCUGUUACCCAACAGAGAAUAUUCCCCAUCUAACUAUAAGCUCAAACAAUGGACAUUUUCCAGUAUUUAUAACAUUACACCCAACAUUAAAGAGGUAGUAAACCACAGCAUUAAAAAAAAAAAUCUAUCUGCAAGGCAAUUACAUAAUGUGCUAGUAUGCAUCACAUACUAGCACAUUAUGACAUACCUACUUUAGAAGGAAGCCCUCCAGCGGUGCGCUGUCACUGCUGACAGGGCUUCCAUCUUCACCCGGUCUUCCUUCAGAGUUUGCAGGCUUUGGCACUUUGAACGGCUGAGCCGCGAUAACGUCACUCCCACACAUGUGCGCAGGAGUCACGGCCACGGCACAGCACUCUGAAGGAAUGGCACGGGUGCCGAUGACAUCACAGGCUGCCAAAA